UUGUUUGCCAUUUGUCUAUUCUUGGUCUAUUAUGAUUGCCACUUAGCAAUAUUAGUUUACAAAAGUAAUAGUUGUACUUUGCAUGGUCUCCAGCUGUCUCCUUUUUAGAACUCAUUUGUAAUCUUUUCUCAAGUGUUCUAGAUAAGCUAUUUAAGCUUAAGGGUUCUGAAGUGAGUCUUCUCCUAAAUCUAUAUUACGUUAUUUGCGUGUGGUUUGUAACUAUUCCCAGCAACACUUGAAUGUCUCUCUUCUUCUCCUUUAAUUUCUCAACAGUACUCAUUCCAGCUGUAGAUCUUUGAGGUGAUGCUUCUCCUCUACUUAUUUUAGAUUUUCUGUGUAUGGGUUGAUGGUUCUUACAAUCAAGAAUCAGAUUAGAUAAUCUAUCAUUUUGUUGAUGGAGCCAUGAUUUGUUUCUAUUUUCUCACUUCUCUUUAUAUAUCUUUACAGUUAGUUGUAUUAGAUGGAGAUCAGAUUUGUCUUGAAAAGGAACUAUGAUUCAAAAUGAUCUUGAUUCCUCCGCAGGGGACGAGUUGCAAAUUUUUUUCAAAAAAAUGAACAAAAUUCUUCCGAUUGGUCGGAAUUUCUAACAAACGCAACCUUUUCAGUCAAUAUAGCUUAUUUUGGAAUAUUUAUAGUGCGACUUCUGUAACGAUCACAUAUUUACUUACUUACUUUAGUGUAAACAUAAUUUCUUUCCAAACUAACAAAAAUAUCAAAUAAAAAGAAUGAUUAAUUCCACAAAAGAUAAAAAGAAUGAAGUUUGUUUUUAUGGAGUAUUGCAUACACCUAUAAUUGUGAGCUUCAUGUUACUCCUCCCAAUAUAGUAAAUCAAAUUUCUUUUUGUUUUUAGUUUGCAAUCGAUAUAUAAUUAUUUAAUAAGAUUUUGUAUUCUUUAUUAUCUAUGUGUGUGAAAUUUAAUUUCAUUAUUUCUUUUAGGUCUACUUAAACUCUUUCUGCUGGCCAACAGUAUUUUUAGCUCGGAAUGUCCAGAAAUUACUCACUUCCUGAUUCUCCAGAUGGUAAGAAAGUAUCAAUUUGUUGAUACUUAUUAGAAAAUAAUUUUUAUGUCUAUGUUAUCUUAAUUUUUAACUCAUGGGUAUUUUUUUCUCGCUUUCAGAUCCAAUUGUUACAACAUUAGUAAUUAGAGAUCUUGAAGGGGAAUGCAUAACUCGCCAUAUUAUGCUCUGACUUAUUCAUAUAUGGUAUUCUGAUGAAUAUAUAGGAACCGAAACAAGUCAAUUUAUGUAUACACUAUGGAUUGACAAAGAGGUUUGUAUAUGCAUCUACAUUGUCUUCAUUGUUUUAUUUUACAAUUAGGGGUUGUCCAAAUAAAAUGAUUAUAUAUUAUGUAAUUAAAUAGUAAUACCUUAUUUUAUCGCUUGAAUAAUUAUUAUUUUCUUUACUUUAUAGGAAAAUAUGGCGGAAGGAGUAACAACUGAAGAAGAUAUUAGUUAUAUGCAGAAUUAUUUGAGAGUAGGGAAUCUAUAUAAAAUCGAAGACGUACGUCUAAAAAAAGCAAGGAGAAUUCAUCGUACAACACCAGGAGAGAUUCGUAUAUACAUUUGUCGAGCAUUAAAGUGUGAGGUAGUAUAUGAAGUUCGAUUUAGGGAACGAUUCCCCGUUGAUAGUUUUAAAAAUGAUGAAUUUGAGGAUCUUCGGAGUAUGGUUGUGAAUCCGACUCAUCUUGCAGAUCUCACAGGUCGCAUCCUGUCCAUAGCACGACCAGUGCAUAAUGAUGAUGGCACAAUGCUUGUGAUUGUAAAAAUAGAAAAUAUUAGGAAUGCAAUCGUUGCUAUCAAUUGGAUCACUACUGUGAAUGAUUUCUAUUCCUGGGCUGAAACUCAAGAAAUGAUGUAUCCAGUGGUCGUUACAUUCAUGAGUAUCUUAGUUUAUGAGCCUGAGCCAAACUUUAAUUUGCUCCUCACGAGCACAAAUGCAACACGCUUGAUUCGUGGUUCAUAUAUACACCGAUACAAGGCACUAUUGAACAGAUAUUUUCAUGAACAUAGGACAAUUAUGAUACUAAGCACACAAGAACAAGGAGUGUUUCUUGCUUUAGAGAUUCUUUGCCAAUUGUGGUUACCUUACAGAUGAUGCAUACGUUCCUUUCUACUGCUGAUAUUAAUCUUGAGGUAUAUUAUCUUAUAUCGUUAAGAAGUCAAAUUGAAUAAAAUUCUUUCUUUAAUCCCGGUAUAUUUCUAUACAGGAAAGAUAUUGGUGUUUGGUACAAAUUGAUGACUUUGUUGCAGAUCAUGGAAUAGUGAGACGAGAAAAUAACACUUGCUUGUAAGUUAUGAUGAAUUUUAUGUGUUUUGUUUUUUCUGUCAUCUAUAAGCAAUGAUGUAAACUUUUUAUUCAAUGCAGGUAUGACGCAUUAGUGUGCUGCAAAGAUUUCAUAGAUAAUGAAAAUAUUGAGUUUAGUCAUAUUCCGCAAUGGUUCAACUGUUGCAAAUGCCAGCUAAAGACUUCAGUAUUCUUCAACAUUUUGAGCAAGAGAAGUUAAUUGAGCAAAUACGGGGCAAAUAUUUUACUGUAGAACUAUGUAUAUCAGAAUGUUCUCAAGGAAAUAGACAUAUAAUUGUAAC